UUGUUUCAAGAUGGCUCGCACAAAGCAGACGGCGCGCAAGUCGACGGGCGGCAAGGCCCCGCGCAAGCAGCUGGCCACCAAGGCGGCCCGCAAGAGCGCGCCGGCCACCGGCGGCGUCAAGAAGCCGCACCGCUACCGGCCCGGCACGGUGGCCCUGCGCGAGAUCCGCCGCUACCAGAAGUCCACCGAGCUGCUGAUCCGCAAGCUGCCGUUCCAGCGGCUGGUGCGCGAGAUCGCGCAGGACUUCAAGACCGACCUGCGCUUCCAGAGCUCGGCCGUGAUGGCGCUGCAGGAGGCGUGCGAGGCCUACCUGGUGGGGCUCUUCGAGGACACCAACCUGUGCGCCAUCCACGCCAAGCGCGUCACCAUCAUGCCCAAGGACAUCCAGCUGGCGCGCCGCAUCCGCGGGGAGCGGGCGUAAUGCCGGCUUCUGGUUGAAAAAGGCUCUUUUCAGAGCCACCCACACUUUUCUUAAAAGUACCUGUAACAUUUAAUUGUUUGGCGUAAUUGAGCCGCUAUGGAAAUAGUCUUUUACGGAUGUUUUUCAUGUUAGGUAUCUGAGCGUUGCAUAUCCCUUUCUCCCAGUCCG